AUGGUUUCAAGUGGCAAAUUGUCCUCCAUUGCUCACUCCAGAGUGACUCAUUCUUCAUCCAAAUCUCGAGCUAGAAAGAAAAUUAAACUUGGAUUGAAAUCCAGAGGCACUCAUUCCAACUCCAACACAAAAAUUGGUUCACAAGGCUUAUGGCCAUCUUCCAAAGAUGUUGAUGUUUCAACACGUUCUGUGGAAAUGUGGCUCAAUCUACAGCUAGUAGAGAUAAAGCAGUCUGUUCAAUCAAUAAUCAGCCUCAUGGUCCCUUCAAUCCCAGGUCAGAGUGUGUGCACACUCAGAGACCUGGUCAAUGCAACCCUGGCUGCAAUCAACUCGUGCGCUCUCCUCAAGUUGGUCCAAUAUGACUUAGAGUUGGUACUCUCCCAUGGGACUACCACCAUAAGGAAGGGGCAGUACAGUUUCUACACAGUCAACUCAACUGUUGAUGAGUGGCCAGCACUAAUAAAGCAUCGCCCCCCAAGGAACAGUCUGAGGAGAGCUGCAGAAAGAUUGGAAGUCCCUAUGGGACACAAUGCAGAUGUCACAGGCACCAAGGAACACCUACGAGCUGUUUCGAAGGUCAAUCUGGCCCAUGUACAACAUGAUAAGUGUUGCUGUACCCUCCUACCCUUCAUUCACUCAGUGCUGCAGGCUGGUGUGGAGGAAGGCCAGUGUAAAAUGAACCAGUUUGUCGCAACCCUCACUAAGUACGACAGUAUGACAGAUCUGUUGGCAAGAACACCCCAGUUGUUCAUGGAGGAGAAGAUCAAGAGUAUAGAUAAAUACAUAAAAGCCAGUCCAAAGGCUCAAAUUGGUGGAAAUAAAAUGACUAGGGGCUUUCAUGUUGGGCUUCAUGAGUUUUUGUUCAUCACCUAUAGCAGAUCUGACUACUCUACAGAGAUGUUCCUGAAAAGCGCCACAGCACAUGUACCCUUGCAUGACAAUGUGGACAGCCUGGACGACAGCAGCCUGAAGGACGACAGCCUGGAGGAUGACCUGGAGGAUGACGCCUUCGAGCAAUGGAAGGGCAUUGCGCACAAUACAGGCACACAUGAUGAGCGCUAG